AUGAGAUGGUUUCAUAAAAGCCAUAUAAAUCCACAAAUUUUCAUUGCUAAUAUCGAUUGUUGUGGUCUGGCAAUAGAUGAUAAUGGAUCAAUUUAUGUUGCUAAUUGUACGAAGAACACAGUGACACAAUGGAAAGAAGGAGACAUAAAUGGAACAGUAGUUGCGGGUGGAAAUGGCGAAGAAAAAGAGCUCAAUCAAUUAGACUGUCCUGCUUUUAUCUGGGUCGAUAAAGAUUAUUCUCUUUAUAUUUCAGAUACUUUCAAUCAUCGCGUGGUGAAAUGGAAACACGGUGCAAAACAAGGUUUUGUGGUGGCUGCUGGAAAUGGUGGAGGGGACGAUCUCAACCAACUGCAUUAUCCUCGAGGAGUGUUUGUUGAUAAUUUGAGUCUCAUCUAUGUCGCAGAUCACGAAAAUCAUCGUAUAAUGCGUUGGUCUGAAGAAGAUAAACAAGGUUCUAUCGUUGUAGGUGGAAAGGGCCAAGGACAAGGAUCCGAUGAACUCAAUAGUCCCAUGGAUUUAUCAUUUGAUGCUGAAGGAAAUCUUUAUGUUAGCGAUUCUGCAAAUAAUCGAAUUCAAAAAUUUGAACUCUGCUUUAAUAAAACAACCUGUUAA